AAAACACACACAUUCAUGCACACCUCCCCAGUGUAAUUCUUAACCUAUUCCAAGUUACCAGUGAAUGAGUCACACUUGAAGACGGAGCAACUUCUCUCUUUACAUGCAGGAAGCAUGGAUACAUGCCAGCCAGACAUUUGUUUUGACUGAACACAUCCUGUGAUGAAAAUGGCAACAAAAUCCUUCAACAAUAGUACAUGCGCCAGAGAGACAGACCAAAACUUUGGGGUCAGACUCUCCUUCUACUAUCUGCUGCUCUUUACCCUAAGCUUGGUGGGCAAUGGCUUGGUCCUCUUCAUCAUGUACAUGUAUGAAAAACUAAACACUGUGUGCAACAUCUUCCUUCUCAACUUGGUCAUUUCGGACCUGGUCGUUAUGUCUGGCCUACCCUUCUGGGCCGUGUACCACAAUAAAUCCAACUGGGUCUUUGGACAGGUCUGGUGCAAGAUCUCGGCAAGCUUCUACUUCCUGGGUUUCUACAGCUCCAUAUUCUUCCUGACUCUCAUGACCUUUGACCGGUACCUGGCUGUGGUUUAUGCUGUGCCGUCCACUAGGCUUCGGAGGAGGAGUUAUGCUAUGGGAUCCUCAGCAGCUGUGUGGGGCAUCAGUUUCCUGGCCUGUAUUAAUCCAUUUCUGCUCUAUGACCAGAAUAAAAUUAGUGAUCAGGAGUUUAUUUGUGAUGAAAUUCCAACUGGCUAUGAGAACUUAAAGCUGAUUUCACCAUAUCUACAGUUUUUUCUUUUUUUUCUUUUUCCUCUCAUUUUGAUCUUCUACUGCUACAUUAGAAUUGCAUUGACAGUCAUCUCCUCACGAAUGACCAAGAAGUACAGGACGGUGAGACUCAUAUUUGUCAUAGUGCUGCUGUUCUUUUUGUGUUGGACUCCCUAUAAUGUGGUGUUGAUGGUUUACAUGGGUGACGAUAAAUGUGGAUAUGAUUAUUACCUACAUGUUACUCGUAUGAUAACAUAUGUGUACUUUUGCAUCAAUCCGGUCUUCUACACUUUUGUGGGGAGAAAAUUCCAGAAUAAUUUCAGGAAACUGCUUGUGAAACAAAUACCGUGUCUGGAAAACCAUGUCUCAGUUACUGGUAGCAACACAUUGUCACAUAGAAAUCCUCAAGUCGGCACAGCUAUUCAACCAGAUGUACAGGUAUGAUAUUUGAGCCCUGUGGCUCAGAGAUGUAAUGAAUGAAUGUAUUGGAGUUUUUUAUUCAUUAAUUAAAUAAACAAAGUAAAGGAUGUCUUCUCCAUGUGGAAUGUAUGUGUAUUUCAGCCACAAAAGCUAGCAUCUAAGCCAACACUUCCCGCUCCCCAAUUCUCCCUCUUGCUAGUGUUUUAUUUACACUUUUGCUUCACCAGCUUCAAAAAGCUAAACAAAUUUCAUUAUUUUAGAUUGUUAAGAUA